UGCACAAUUGCUGGUUGACUAAAUACUUAUUUGCCCCACUGUAUGAAUCGAAUGAUCCAAAGGACAAAAAGCAUCUCUUGCUGAACAUCACUCUUUGGUAGUAGGACAUACUGUAUGGAGCAAGAUCAGCAUUGUUGAUACUCUCCCGUGUAGUGGCUCUCUUGCAAAAAUGACUGCAGAAGCACAGCACCGAGAAUAUUAAUGGGACGUUAUGGCACUUUGCUAUGCAUUGACUGCAUACACUUUAUUGUAAUAUAAUACCUCAUCAGAUAAUAUGCUUGUAGUAUUAUUUCUGCUAAUAUCCUGUUGCGAGAGAACAGUCUAUGCCAUCAAGAUAUUUGAAGUGAUUAUACCAUAUGACUCUCAAGCAUUCACUAAUGCAUUUAAUGCAAAGAAUAGGUUUCUCAUGUGUUACUCUGGGAGUGAAAGAGAGAGAGGAUACACUUAUAAAGGGACUUCCUGUUGUCUUGCCAUGCCUCCAGUUGAGUAAUACUUUCUUUCUGUUUGCUUCAUUUCCUUUCUCUUUCUUGCAGAUGAUCGAAAUGGGAACACAUGGGAAAAUGGCUCGCAAAAUGAUUGAAACUGAUCAUUCUCAACUUUGAAUGUGCUUUGGCUAUUUACUAGAUAAUGUAUUUUUUUCUGUUUUUACUGCUUCUGAUAGUCACUUGUACUACCUCCAUUGAAGGGCAGAAAAAGAACUGCAAUGUCUCUCCAAAAGAUUUAUACAUCCUGGAGGGAUCGGAUACUCAGAUAUUGUGUGAAAGCUUUUGUGUCGACGGGAGAGUGUACUGGAUGCUGAACAACAAAACUGUGAAUGAAAGCUGGUCGAGCUCUGUAAAUUCCACACAUCACAUUCUGUCGCUAAAGAACUUCACCCUGAGCAAUGCAACAGUGGUAUGCCACCACACCGAUACCAAGGGUGUACUCGGAGGCACCAUUGUCAGGACAUAUGCAAAACCCACUGUUGUUGAUUGCAUCUGGCACUACAAAAAUGGAUCCUUUUCAGGUGUACCUCAGCUUUUCACAUGCACUUGGGAACAUGAAGUCUCACAGAAAAUCAACUACACUUUAUUUGUUAUCUCUUGGUAUAACACUUCCCUGCAAGAAAUGUGUAGCUCAGAAAUUGCAAAAACAUGCACAGCUGUCGGGUCGAAACAUGUAACACUGGCGGGCAACUACAGUGUUACCGUGAGAGCAAAGGCCAAACACUGGGAGAUUGAUUCCGACCCUUAUAAAUUUUACCCUCGUGACAUAUUACAAAUAUCACCUCCAAAAUUAAAGCUACAUUCCUUCACUACUCAUCUGUUGGCUGAGUGUACCGUGUCCAUUCCCUCAAAGAAAUACUAUUGUCAAGUCAAAUACAGCAAGGUUGGAGAUGAAAGACAAUCUGAGGUUCUCAAUAAGACUUUAGAAGCUAGUGGGAAAGGAAACAUUUCCAUUGAAAACAUAGAGUCUUGCAUUUAUUACAAAGUUUCAGCCCGCUGCGCUUGGGACAAAGCUCCUUGGAGUAAAUGGAGCCGAGCGCAAACCAUUUUGAGUCAACUAAACAAGAGUAAUGUGAAGACACAUCUGUGGAGAAAGGUAACAGAACCAGAAAAAAACGGCACAAGAAAAGUUUACGCCAUGUGGACGGUAGGAAAGAUUCGAAUACAAGAGAUUCCAUCAGCGUGCCAUGGCACAUUUACAUAUUUUAUCCGAGACACUGUCUCACAGGACAAUGGGAUUCAAGUAGAUUAUAAUCAUCAUUCAUGUGGGAAUUCAAUUUGUACAUUUAAUGUGAAUGAAGAGGCACACAGAUUAAAACUCAUCGUCUUCCAUAAUGAAGAGAUGCUGUCAGAGGACUCUGUUUAUGUUCCGGCUGUUGAAGAAACCGGCCUCCCUCAAGUUUCAAACAUGCAAACUUCAACCAUACAAGGUGUUAUAUCACUGUGCUGGGAUGCUCCUUCUCCGCUUGUCAGGGGUUACAUGAUUGACUGGACCCAUGAUGGCUAUGAGUACUACUGGAAGGAAAGUAAUUGCACCAGCACAACACUUGAGGGUCUUCUGGAUAAAGUGGCCUACAAUAUCACAGUCACGCCGCUGUUUGAGGACAAGACAGGCCUUGGCACACAGGUUGUGCAGAUCUGCACUGCAAUAGCAGCUCCAGCAAAUUUUUCCACAAUCACGGUUGAGGUGACUGACAAAACAGCUUCUGUGAGGUGGAUGAUGCAGCACCAGGAUUUAUGCAGCGAGAAUAUUGUCCGCUACAUAGUUUUCUAUGGAACAGGGCAGGGACCACAGCUCAAUAUCACAGUUAAUAGUACAAAUAAAGAAGUUCUUCUGAAGAACCUGAUUCCUUACACCCAUUACAACAUGUAUAUCAAGGCUGUAGCGCAAACUGGAGCGAGUGAAAGCGACGUGAGGUACUUUAGCACAAAAAGCCUUGAUCCGAAGCUGGUCAUAAAACUUUUGAUCAUUGGAAGCAUCACUAUAUUCCUUGUGUUAUCUACAGUAAUAUGCUGUGCUGUGCAGUAUAGGAAAUUCCUAGAGAACCCUCUUCCGGAUCCUGGCCUCAGUUCUGUUGCCCUGUGGCCAUCAGGAACCCACCAAAAGGGGAUGUUUCCCUUCCGUCUAUUCAACUAUCCAUCAGAAAGCCUCUGCGCACGCGUGUACUUAGAAGAUUCCCGGACAACUUCCUCUCCUGAUGUCUGCCAGGAGGAAUACAGUGGCCUUGGUUUUGCUUCAAAGUCUAAUAUACCUAAAGAGAGACCAGAUGACCCCGAAGAAGCAUUCACUCAGUCUUCUUCCAGAGAAUGCACAGAGCUGCUCGCUAAUGGUAGCGGUCAAUUAAGCCCCUACCGAAGCCAGGGUUCUGUGGAAAGCCCCACCCAAAGUUAUGGGAAAGAAUCUAAGUGUCUGCUUCCAGUGAACCAUCAGCAAUUGACAGCAUCACUAGCUAUGUACGUUACUGUUGACAUAUUUGAGCAAGACCAGUGUAGGUGAGAAAGAUGGAAACAUCCCGUAAUACACAGUACAUUUAAGUUACUGUAAUUUUCGGACUAUAAGCUGCUACUUGUUCCCCUCAUUUUGAAUCUUGCAGCCAAGUUGUUGAUGUUUUUGGCUUAAUAGUUAACACUCUAUUUGACAGCACCGUCAUAAGACUGCCAUAAAACUGUCAUAAUUAUGACAUUAUCAUGGGCAUUGAUGAAUGAUAAUGACAGAUGUCAUUGAGUGUCAUCUGCCAAAUUAUGUCACUAACUCCAUUUAUGUCCAGCUCGGAUCUUUUACAUCCAUUCAAAAGGGAGAUAAUGACACAAUAAUUAUGAUGGUCUUAUGAAAGUCUUAUGGCGCCACUGUCCAGUGUGUUACCAAAAUACCAUAACUAGCAAUUAAUGAAACAACUGGAACAGUAACUGAAGAAAUGAUUAGCACAGAACAUGAAUUUUGAUUGUUAUAUACAUUUGCAGCACUCUGAUGCAUGCUAGCCGGCAUGUUGGAUGAAAAUAGUGUUGACAACAGGUGGCAGCAGAGGUUCACUGUCUCCCCCAAGGGAGCAGUGAUGCCCAGAUGAAGUGUUUUUAAAGCAAUGAAGCUUUGCAGCCAAUUUGUUCAAAGCUUCAUGGGGUUUAUUUGGUCUUAUGAUGCCACUGUCAAAUAAAGUGUUACCGGUUACAUAGACUUCAUAAUGUUUUGACAUGACACAUUCACCAUUCACUGCGUUACGCCUUCCCGAAGGGGGCCGUCCAACACACCGCUUCAUUAAUUAGCAGUCUGUCACAUGCAGCAAUCUACCGCCGGAUUUAGGUUGAAAAAGUACGAAAGUUGUACUGCAUAGAAACAGGAUGGAUUGUCGCAGAAGUGAUUUGUUCCAGGAUUCAAGGGAAUUAAUAUAUUUUUUGUACCAUACAUGCAUUUUGAAACGUGAAAAAAAAUCAAUGGGAGAAAUUAGCCGCUACAGCAUUGGCAUUAUAGCAUUAUACUUUGCAAUACUUACGUAAAAUAAAUGCUACGAGCACGUUUUUUUUUUUUUUUUUUUUUUUUUUUUUUUGCUUUUAACUAGGAAUCGAGACUCUUUUACGACGUCCAUAUCUAUAAAGAAUUCAGGGAUUUGAGCAUUUAUUCACAAGAAUUUUCAACGUAAAAAGCUCUGUGUUUACAUAUGGCAGCCUCUAAUUUCCUGACUAGCCUCAUAGUUCGCAAUAUUUACCUAAAAGAAAUGCUACCUGCAUGCUUUUUUUUUUUUUUUUGCUUUUAACCAAGAAUCGAGACUUUUGUACUUCCAUAUUUAUAAAGAAUUCAGGGAUUUAAGCAUUUAUUCACAAGAAUUUUCAAUGGAAAAAGCUCUUUGUCUGCUUUGACAGAUAGGCAUCGGCCCCGCGCCCCGUCAAUACAUUAUGAAGUCUAUGCCAGUUAAUAUAUUUUGGUGUAAAUAUCCCAUAAUACGGUGAAGACAUCCGCAGUUAAUAGUUCAGUGCGGUUUAUCAAUGAACAAGUGUCGUUUUUGUGUCAAAUUUAGUGGGUGGCAGCUUAUAGUUAUGGGCGCCUUAUAGUCUGAAAAUUAAGGUACUAUGAUGUAAUUGAGCACAGUAUUAUGUGUGUCAUUUAAUGUCAUGUGCAUGUUGAAAUGUUGUGCAGUAAUACAAGUACAGUGUAUAAUGCUAUA